AUGGCACUGCUAGCUCGAACUAAAUCGAAUUCAAGCAGUGAAUCCUUUCGUGAACGUUACAGCGAAUUAAGUGAUGAAAUUCGUGCGAAAAACAAACGCGAAGAUCGACUUCUUGAUAUUCGAUUAAAAUAUUAUGAGCGUGAAAAAAAUAUUCGUUUAAAUAUUUUACGUAAAGAACAACAUCAAUUGGAACGUACACGUUCAUUGAUUAUCGAACAAGUGAAUCGAAUUAACCAAGACAAGCCAAAACUAUCAAUGGCAUCGUUUAUAGCCGAGAAAACCAAAUUAGAAUUAUCAAUCGUACAACUCUCCAAUCCAGAAUUAUUCAAUAACGACUGGGAGCCCACAAUAACUAUAAAAGAAUCAGAAUCAAUUCGGUCGAUUCCAAUCGAUAGAUCGAUGCCAUCGACAAAAGUCGUACGACCUCAUUCAGCUGUUUAG